GCGCGCUACACACACACGCGCCCGCGCGCGCACACACCGAUACACCGACCGUCCGCUGCCCGGUCCGAGAGAGCGAGAGACACACACCGGGAAGCUCACGGUGACGGGACGUGAUGCUGCACGGGAUCACGGGAACGUAAGAAGAGCGGAGCAGGAGGCGGAGGCGGCAGUGACGGUCUCAUCGGUACCGGAGGAGCGGAACACAUCCGGUAGCCUGCACCGAUCCGGUCUGAUGUGAACCCGCAGGUCCGCACGGGGAGCGACGCCGCAUAACGGAGGAGGAGGGAGGAUGAAUUCGGUAGAUGGAGGGGAAGCGGGCCCGGACGGCCUGGCGACGGCAGGUUGUGGUAAAGCGGAGUGCGUCCGAGCGGUCGACGUGCUGACGGUGCUCAGAGAGAAAGUGGCCUUCGUGUCGGGUGGGCGGGACAAACGUGGCGGACCAAUACUGACCUUCCCUGCCAGGACCAAUCAUGAUCGAAUAAAACAGGAAGACCUAAGCCAGUUGGUCACCUACCUGGCAACCAUACCCUGUGAGGACGUGUGCGCUCGUGGCUUCACGGUGGUGGUGGACAUGCGCGGCAGCAAGUGGGACAGCGUGAAGCCGGUUCUACGCACGCUGCAGGAGUCCUUUUCCUCCAACAUCCACACGGCGCUUCUCAUCAAACCCGACACAUUCUGGCAGAAACACAAGACCAACCUGGGCAGCGCCAAGCUCAGCUUCGAGACCAGCCUGGUGUCGGUGGAGGGUCUGUCCCGGCUCGUUGACCCCUCCCAACUGACCUCUGACCUCGGCGGCUCGUUGGAGUACGACCACGUGGAGUGGACCGAGCUCCGUCUGGGCCUGGAGGAGUUCACCGGCGCCGCCACACAGCUGCUGAGUCAGCUGGAGCAGCUGGAGGCCGGGCUGAACCGCAUACCGGAGCCACAGGACGUGGACGAGGCCCGCAAACUUCUGGAGGAACACAGCCGGCUACGUAACACCAUCGCAACGGCACCGGUUGACUCCCUCGAGAGAGAGGGGAGGAGCUUGCUUCAGCGCAUGCGCCUAGGCCCCUCCCACGGCGACGCCUCCACCGAAGGAGGCGCCGGCGCUAGUAACGGCAGCUGGCUGUCGGGUGGAGCCGACUUCCACAGCGUGGCGCCAAAGGUGUCGUCCCUGCUGGACAGGCUGCAGGGGGCCCGCGGACACCUGCUGCAGAGCUGGAGCGACAGGAAGCUGCACCUGGACCAGGUGCUGCAGCUGCACCUGUUUGAGCAGGACGCCACCAAGAUGUCGGACUGGAUCGCUCACAGUCAGGACCUGUUCCUGCAGACCCUAUCUGCGGUGGGUCAGAACCACCAGCAUGCCCUGGACCUCCAGACGCAGCACCAGCACUUCACGGCCAACUGCAUGAACGGCAGCAUGAACGUGGACAGCGUGGUCACCGUGGCAACCAGACUGGCGGAGGCGGGCCACCACGGGGCGGAGCGCAUCGCCGGAGUGUCGCUGCGCCUGCAGGGCGACUGGAGGGCGCUGACGGCGGCGCUGGAAGAGCGCAGCAACACGCUCGCCAUGGCAACUAGCUUCCACCAGGGGGCCGAGCAGUUCCUGCUCAGAUUGGAGGGCUGGGUCCAGGUGUGCUCUGAGGGGGCGUUGCCCUCGGCGGCAACAGAGCUGGAGGCCGCGACGAAGAAACAUCAGGAGCUGAACGAGGAGAUCUCUGCUAACUACACACAGGUUAGUGAGAGCGGUAAGGCCUUAAUGGACGUACUCCAGCGUUGCCCAGCAACCGACUCCGACAACCCCACAACCAGGCCGGAUCUCGCCAACGCCACGCACGGCAUCAUGGGAGCUCUGCACCAGGUCAUGCAGGGUCACCAAGAGGUGGAGGGGGUGUGGCAGCACCGUAAACUCCGCCUCCAUCAGCGCCUGCAACUGUGUGUUUUUCAGCAAGAUGUCAGACAGGUGUUGGACUGGGUGGAGCAGCACGGGGAGGUUUUCCUGAACAAACACAGUGGCGUGGGGAAGUCUCUUCACCGGGCACGAGCGCUGCAGAAACGCCAUGACGACUUCCAGCAGGUUGCACAGAACACCUACACUAAUGCAGAGAAGCUUCUGGAAGCAGCCGAUCAGCUGGCUCAGUCUGGAGAGUGUAAGGAGGAAGAGAUCUACCAGGCGGCCAGAGACCUGGAGCUCCGCAUGCAGGCGUUCAUUCAGAGAGUUGAACAGAGGAAGCUGCUGCUGGACCUCGCUGUGUCUUUCUACACACACACCAAGGAGCUCUCAGUGUGGAUGGAGGGCCUCCAGAAGCAGCUCUCCUCUGACCUCUGUGUUUGUCCCGACACCGUUGAAGCUCUUCAGGCUUUGAUCAGCCAGCAGCAGCAGCAGCAGGCGAAUACGCAGGAAGCUGCAAUGAGUGUCAUCAGGGAAGGAGAAGACCUCAUCCUGCAACUCAGGCCUCAGGGCAGCUCGUUGGUCCAUGUGGAGACAGUGCUUCAGCAGCUGGAGGAGUCCCACGUUCAGCUGGAAGAACUCUUCCACCAGAGGAAGAUCCGACUGGACGUUUACCUGCAGCUCCGCAUCCUGCAGCAGUGCACCCUGGAGGUAACGGGGGAAAUGGACGCCUGGAAGCAGGACCUUCACAAACAGUCCCAGGACUUCUCCGCAGAGAGGCUAGCGUCAUCGCGGCUCGCUGACGCUAACCAGGACAAGCUAGUGCUGGGCCAGGCGCGGCUAGCGGAAGCUAGCGCCGACAUGCUAACGCUAGCGCAGCAGCGCAUCCACAGGCACAUGGAGCGAAGGCUGGCCAUGAACAACAUGAUCUAUGAGGUCAUCCAGCAGGGUCACGACCUUCAGCAGUACAUCACCGAGGUUCAGGCCUCAGGUAAAAGACCCUUUGUCACCACAUCGGCGACGCAUUCAGCAUGUUUUUUAACAGGGGGGGGGGAGGCUCACAAAGUCAACGAAGGUCUCCUGGAAGUUCUUAGGACACCUGAAUGGUCCAAGAAUUGAAUUCUAUCGGGUUCUUGAGGUCCAAUAGGAAAUUCUAAGGGGUCCUUGGAUGGUUGUAUUGCUCUUUAACUAGACAAUUUGUUCUUGUCAGAGUUCUAAAGGUCUUCUACAGUCCUCCAGGAGGUUCCACUGGUAGGCCACAUCGAGUAACUGCCAGUAGUCAUUUUGGGAGCGUCGGAGGUCUUUGGGUGGUGUCCAGUUCCUCCUCCGACGGACCCCAGAAGGUCUUUGAGGACGUCCUCGGUCCUUGAGGCGGUUC